ACCUAAAAAUAAGUAUUUGUAAACAAAAUUGUUUUCAUGAAUGGAUAUUGUAUAAAUAAUAAAUGUUAGCAAAUCUUUGAAUUUUGCCAAGAGCUGUCCUCAAAAUUAUGCUUCCAUUCAACCUGGAGCCUCUAAACAUAUACACAAUGCAAUUUACAUUGAUGUAGUGGCUUUCACGCUGACAGGACGUCUUAAAGCACUUGACAUUGCUGCCUUAGCAUUGAGCUGUGGGUGGGAGCCGAACGGGAUUGGGAAGGGAAAGAUGACCACAAGCGCGGUCACAGAGAUAAAUCUUGAAUUGAGACGGACCUUGAACAAGGGAAGGGAGGGAGCUUCUCAAAGGGAAGGGAUGGAGUUCCAGAGAACAAGGACAGAAUGGCCUAAAGCCUGCCUGCUGAUUGUGGGGCGGAAGGGGUGAGACACAUAAAGAAGGCUGGUGUUCGCUGAGUGAAGGGAGCGGCAGCCGGGACAGCAGAGUUGAAGGAGGUUACAGAGGUAUGAUGAUCAUCAGACACAUGAUGAUAAAGAAAUAUUUGCAAGAGAGAAUCACAGUGAAAUUGAGAGAAGACGUAGAAACAAGAUGACAGCCUACAUCACAGAAUUGUCUGACAUGGUGCCAACAUGUAGUGCUUUAGCACGCAAACCUGAUAAACUGACCAUCCUUCGCAUGGCUGUCUCUCAUAUGAAGUCUUUAAGGGGAACAGGAAAUAAAUCCACCGAUGGUGCAUAUAAACCUUCUUUCUUGACAGAACAGGAAUUGAAACAUCUUAUUUUGGAGGCAGCAGAUGGAUUCCUUUUUGUAGUUGCAUCGGAGACUGGAAGAGUGAUCUACGUUUCAGACUCUGUUACACCUGUUUUAAACCAUCCACAGUCUGAAUGGUUUGGAAGCACCUUAUAUGAGCAGGUUCAUCCGGAUGAUGUGGAUAAAUUGAGAGAACAGCUUUCCACAUCAGAAAAUUCCAUGACUGGUCGUAUUCUAGAUCUCAAGACUGGGACAGUAAAAAAGGAAGGACAACAGUCUUCAAUGAGAAUGUGCAUGGGAUCAAGGCGUUCCUUUAUUUGUAGAAUGAGGUGUGGAACUGCUCCCUUGGAUCACGUCUCAUUGAGUAGGCUAACUGUUAUGCGGAAGAGAUAUAGGAAUGGUUUGGGACCUGUAAAAGAUGGAGAGUCACAGUAUUCUGUGGUGCACUGUACUGGAUACAUCAAGGCUUGGCCACCAGCAGGAAUGACAAUUCCAGAAGAAGAUUCAGACACGGGACCAGCAAGCAAAUUUUGCAUGGUUGCAAUUGGACGCCUUCAGGUCACCAGCUCACCAAUGUGUAUGGAUAUGAAUGGAUUGGUCGUCCCCACAGAGUUCCUGUCCAGACACAAUUCAGAUGGACUUUUUACAUUUGUGGAUCACAGAUGUAUAACUGUCAUUGGCUAUCAGCCACAGGAUCUGCUGGGGAAGGACAUUGUAGAAUUUUGUCACCCAGAAGAUCAAGGUCAUGUGCGGGAUAGUUUCCAACAGGUCCUUAAAUUGAAAGGGCAGGUGCUGUCAGUGAUGUACCGCUUUCGAACAAAGAGCAGAGAGUGGCUAUGGAUAAGAACAAGCAGUUUUACUUUCCAGAAUCCCUAUUCAGAUGAAAUUGAGUACAUUAUCUGUACCAACACCAAUGUAAAACAACUCCAACAGCAACAGCAAGCAGAGCUUGAAGUUGUUCCAAGAGAGGGGCUAACAUCCUAUGACCCUUCCCAGGUCCCUGUUCCAACUGUGUCUGCAAACGUUCAAGAGCACGGGAAGUCUAUUGACAAAUCAGAUCCAUUAUUUGCUCAAGACAGGGACCCCAGGUUCACAGAGAUCUAUACAGGUAUUUCACCGGGUGAAAAGAAGACGAUGUCUACACCGUCAGCUGCAAGCAGCCAACAGAUUUAUUCACAAGGAAAUUCUUUUCAACCUGGAAGAUCAGGACAAACAUUUAGCACUUCAAUGGUACCUGGUGGAAACAUUAUUCAACAGGCGUCCUCGGCGGGCCAGAUUUUAGCUCAGAUAUCUCGCCAGUCAAAUGCUAAUCAGGUUUCUGCAACAUCUUGGACUGGAACUCGACCAUCUUUCCCCGGACAGCAAGUACCAUCGCAGUCUGGUAAGACUCAGUCACCAACGUUUGCUAUGGGCUCAAGUCACACGUUUCCAGCAGACCCAUCGACAUUCAGCCCUCUCUCCAGCCCAGUGUCUACAUCUUCACCCGGUGGACCUUCCUACACCAGUCUGGGAAAUCGAGCUGCUAGCUUUGGUGAGAGUGGACAGAAUAGUGGACAGUUCCAAGGCAGAUCAUCAGAGGGAUCAGCUGUCUGGUCUCAGUGGCAAGGCCAACAUCACAACCAGCAAACAAAUGAGCAGCACACUCACUCACAGCCUGGACAGCCUGAGGUGUUCCAGGAUAUGCUAUCAAUGCUUGGAGAUCCAACACAGGGCACUGGAAAUUACAAUAAUGAGGACUUUGCUGAUCUAAGCAUAUUUCCACCAUUUUCUGAGUAAACAAAAAUUAGUGGAUGCGAAAAUAAUUCUCUCACACACAAGUCCAAUCUUUAACUUAUUGAACUCAUUUGAGAAAACUGCGACAUUGACUUUAAACUGAAGUUUAAUUUGAAUACGAUUAACCUGAGUCAGUGAAUUGUGGAAACUGGAACAAUUUUAAUUAAUCGUCUAAUUUGGUGUGUAUAUGUGUGUUUGAGCAUAUCUACGCAUCAGUGACUGUGUUCACUUGCCUUUUUGAAGGGCAGGGGGAUCUGGUCAUGUUGGUAUCCAUUAAAAAUAAUGCCAUAUGCACUUCAGAUCCAUGCCUUAACCAUCAUAUCUUGCAGACAACACUGCAGCCUGUGGAACUUUUUUAUUUGCUCUAGCUUUUUUACAUACAAUAUAUAAAAGCACACUUAGAUCUGUUGUAUCUAGGCAAUCUUUAAUGGUGUUCUUCAAUCUUAUUGAGUAAGGAAAAUUAUUUUAUUAAGAUUAAUAGAGCUAACAGGGAAGUCCACGUGCUGUGCAAAAAGCAGCAUAUUCAAGAACUAAAAAAAAAUGUAAAAUACAAUAUUAGGCCCAAGUGGAAGCACGAUUUAAUUAUUAAACCUAUAGCAGCAUAGUAGGCUAGUCAUUUUAACUUGGUAUUUACUCUUUGCAAGGUUACUGAGACAUUGCAUUCUAACAGUAUAAAAAGAUUUAAUAAGCAAUCCUCAAUUUAAAUAACAAAUGGAAUCCACCUUUCAAAAAUGUGUCCAUAUCUAUUUGCUGCAAUGUGAUUUACUAUCACCUGGUCUACGGUAUAUUCUUUCCCUCUCCCAUCCCCUUCCCAAUAGUGGAGAGAGCUAUUUUGCACAAGCUAAUUUUCUGUUUUCUGGCAAUGGAAUGGUCUUGGACCCUCUAUGUAUAUAACAUUGUACUGUAACUUUUAUUAGAGUGAAUGCCUGAUUUAUACCUUCCACUCCACAUCACAUUUGAGACCUUUUUAAAGAAAAGCUAGCACCAGAUUUUAAAGUCUUGCUCAUGUACAACUCAAGAUAUCCACGGAACACCAAAAUUGGAUAUAAGUUUUUAAUGUUGAGAAAGAGUUAAUCAUGCAACUGACUCCUUAAUAAUAUUUUAAUUAAAAAAAUGCUUCCUGGGCAUCCAGUGCCACAGCCCAGCAAAUUAAACUGUUCCUGAAACUAUCUCAUCUCAUCCAGGUGGUGUCAGGAGUGGGGCUCAAUGUGAUGAUUCCUGUUGACCAAACCAUGUUUAAUAAUGAAUUAUUUCAGCAAUUUACCCUUUCAAACCACCCCUCCCACCUUAAAUUUGCAGUAUUAAAACAAUUUAUUUAGAAAACAACCACUAUCCAUAACAUUGAGUUGGAACUCAGCCUUAAAGUAUUGAUUGUAAUGUCAAAUAAUUGUCAGGUUUCAGCAUUAUGUUGCAACACUCCUUUCGAGAUUUAUUUAAAGCAUCAAGCUACGCCAAGCUGAUGUCUAGUAAAUACUUAGUAGAAAAUAAUAAAUAAUAAUAAUAAAUAAAUAAUAAAUCUGUCCGUUUUCUAUCGUUUGCAUGAGAUUAAUGCUUCUAAUUUCUGUAGAAUUUUGUGCGCAGCUAAAAAGUAAAACCAUGGUUGUAUAUAGCGUAUUAUACAUGUAGUAAACCAGCUGUUUUUAGAUCUGUAUUUCUGAGUGUUUUGUAAGUACUUUUGAUGUAUUUUGACAUAGUGUAGCAUUCUAAUAUUUGCUAAAGUGUUUUUAUUUUUGUAUGCUGCAGUGCCAUUCCAUGUAAAACUCUUAACGUGUAUUAUUUAAAGCAGAAAUUGGAAGAAAAUUAACUGCACUGAUAAAUAUUUAUAAUGUUUAUCAGGAUAAUUGGCUCAAAAUGUGAUCAUGAAGAGUUUUGUAUAUGUUAGGAUAACGUUAACAACUGUUUCUUCUAAAAUAUCAAGCUAUUUUAGUGGAAUGUUUACUGAAGACAAAGUUAAACACAGGUUAUUAUAAUCAUCUAAUUUAGGUUUCGAAAGAAUUUGUACAAAUGAAUUGUUGACUAUGAAUAACACUAAUCUUCUUCACACUAUUUAAGUCAAAGGUACAGAAUCACUGACAAUUUUACUUAUCGUCAUCUUUGCACAUAAAAUCCACCUUUAUACAAUGGAAAACAGAUGCAUACCCAGGUACACAUAAAAGUGGCAUUCACAUACUCUAAGUCACGACACUCAAAUUUUGACUUAGUUGGCAUGAUUUCCUACUAAUCUUCCUUUAAAAAAAAAUUGGAAAUCAUAAACACAGCCAACGUUUCAGGCCAAUUUGUAGUGUUCACUGACCAAGAAAAGGGUUGAAAAGUCCCAACAAAAGCUUCAAACAAAAGCUUCGGCUGCCAGGUUCAGGGUGGCAAUUUCUUUCAUGAAUUUGUUGGUGAAUCAAUUAACACAGCAACAUGCAAUUUGUGAAUGUCGCAUUUUAGAUCCCAUUAUAUGCAAAAAGAAAUGAUGGUUAUAAAGAUAGAAUAGUUAUCUUGAUGAUUUAUUUCACUUUUUUUUAAACUAUAUCUAAUUGAUAUUUAUGUAUAUUUAUUGUAAUGUGCAUAGUGUAGUUAUGGAUCUUGCUAUAAUUAACUAAGAUAAUUAGUAAAAACACAUUUCCAACUGAUGUUCAUAUACACGACAGUAUUUUGAAGACUCAACACAAAGCCUUAUACUUAACUUUACUUGAUAUUGUUCACUAGAUAGCUCUCCUAUUUCUGUAGCCUGGAGUUUUAAAUUACAACUGAUUAGUGUAGGUCGUGAACCUGUUUCAGUAAGAUUUACGAUAUGAUUAUUGAUUUCUUAUAUUUUCUUUUUCUGUGUGAAAGUUCAAUUGUAGUGGACACAAAUGACAAAUAGUUUGUAUAUUAAACUGAUACCUAAACAUUAUGCGUUAACAUUAGCCAACAUUUUUUAAAAAAAAAUCAUGUUAUUAUCCAUACCAUGAAUAUGGUCUUUAAAACAUUGGUAUAUGUAAAAAGAGCAAAAGGUCCAAAUGUCAGAUUUAGUGUAGUAUGUGUCUAUGUGUAUUGCUGGCAACUAAGCCAAAUUAAUAGAAAUUGUCUCUUUGAACAUCUGUGUAUGUAUACAGGAACUUGGUUUAAUUGUUACUGUGUUCAGAUGUAGUACACAUAUCAAUGUAAAGCCUUUGUUGGUUCCCUGUGUUUUGCAAGGAUCUGUCUCUCAAGGCAGUUGCCAGGGAUCACAUUUAAAAUCAAGAUUGCUUCAAAUGUGAUUUUUGUCAAACUUGCAAAGAUUAGUAUUUCAUUUGUGCCUGUAACAGUGAAUGUUUGCUAAAGCUAGUCUCAAUAGCUUGUUGUCUGAUUAUAGUCAUAAAAUUGUGUCAGUAGAAAUAGAUUAGUACCUUCAGCUAUUAACUGCUAGUUUUUUGUGUACAGCAGAUUGAGAUUUCUUCCAUCUUAAGUGGAUCCUUUGCUCAGUGAAUGUACAUGCAGUAUUUAUAAUUACUGUAUAAAUAAAUGUUACAUUAAACUUU